AUGGAAUCCCUCUCAGACACAAAGUGGGAUGUAGUGAUCAGCGGCACGGGGCUCCAGCAAUCCCUUCUCGCCCUUGCCCUGUCGCGAUCUGGCAAGAACAUCCUCCACGUCGAUCCCAACGAGUACUAUGGCGAGGCCGAGGCUGUCCUGAGCCUGCAAGAGGUCGACGAGUGGGCGGCGAGGCGGCAAUCCGGCGACGGCGAUGGCGUCUUUGCAUCCGCAAAGGUGACUCGCUCCGACGACGCCGAGAGCUUGUCGCCGAGAGGAUACAGCCUUGCGCUGGCUCCGCAGCUGAUACACACGCGGUCAGAGCUGCUCUCCAAGCUCGUGUCGUCAAAAGCCUUUCGGCAGCUCGAGUUCCUCGCCGUCGGCUCGUUUUACAUCUUCCAGCCCUCAUCUACAGCCUCCUCCUCCUCCUCCUCCUCCUCCACCACCACCACCCCCAGCCUCAGCCGCAUACCGUCCACCAGAGAAGACGUCUUUGCCAACACGACGAUUUCCGUCAAGGCAAAGCGGGGGCUCAUGAAGUUCCUCAAGUUCGUGCUGGACUACACUUCCGAGCCGCAGACGGACGUGUGGAAGCCGCACGCGGGCGACUCGCUGGCGAGCUUCCUUGCGGCGGAGUUCAAGCUCGACGCCGACUUGCAGGCGUACAUCAUCACUCUGACGCUCAGCCUCGACGGCAACAUCUCAACAGAAGCCGGGUUGGCCGCUAUCCACCGCCACAUCUCGUCCAUGGGCGUCUUUGGCCCCGGGUUCGCGGCCGUGUACCCCAAAUGGGGCGGCCUCUCCGAGAUUGCCCAAGUGGGCUGCCGGGCUGGUGCCGUCGGCGGCGCUGUCUACAUGCUCGGCGUUGGCAUCAAGGACGUUCAGAAAGCCUCUUCCACGGCCGAAAUGCCCGAGGCCCUGGACAUUGUCCUCUCCAACGACAUGCCCAUCAAGUCAAAGACUCUGGUCAAAGGCCUGGGCAAGCCGCCGCGCGAAAGCCGCCGCCUGAGCAGGCUCACGGCCAUUGUCAACUCAGACUUGCCCUCGCUCUUUGAGGCCGUGUCUGAGGGCCCGACACCAGCCGUUGCCGUGGUUGCGGUUCCCGCUGGGACGCGCCUUGGCGAUGAUGGUAGCUCGACAGAGUAUCCCAUCUACGCCAUGGCUCAUUCAAGCGACACGGGCGAAUGCCCUCGUGGACAAUGCAUCUUAUAUCUAAGCACCAUCGCAAGCCCAGAUGCGCCGGCCCUUCUUGAAAAGGCGCUCUCGUCUCUGCUGGCGUCGCUGGCGGUGGAAGGGCAGGAGUCGCCCAAGUCACUGUACAAAGUGUAUUAUGAACAAACCGGCUUUGACACCCCAUCUGUAGAUGUCGAUGGGCAGUCUGCCGUGUUCUCUUUGCUACCCCUGGACCUUGCCUUCAAUGACGCUGUUCUAGAUCCCGUUCGCAAAGCUUGGGACCUUGUCAUGCCUAAUGUAACGGAUGAGGAGGCUGCAGAGUACCUCGUGUUUACAGACAGAGAGGGUGCCGAUGCAGAAGACGAGCUUGAUAAUUAA